UUUUUAAAGAUACGCRACGUAGACGCCGUAACGUCGUGGAGUCGGGAGGGAACGAGAAGAGCCGCCAAGCUGUUGUGCUAACGCUAACGCUGCAGAGAAGACUGUUUUCAUCGACAUGAGAGGGGGUUCUUCAUAUGGAGACAGAGACAGAGAUCGUGGACGAGACAGGCCACGAUUUGGAGGGGGCAUGGGUAGCCGUGGUGGACCCCCACCCAUGAAGUUUGGUAAUCCAGGUGAGCGCCUCCGCAAAAAGAGGUGGAACCUCGACGAGCUGCCUAAAUUUGAGAAGAACUUCUAUACCGAACAUCCAGAUGUCCAGCGAAUGGGUCAGUACGACAUGGAGGAGUUCCGCAGGAAGAAGGAGAUCACCAUCAGAGGCUCAGGCUGUCCAAAGCCUGUGACUGCUUUUCAUCAGGCACAUUUUCCUCAGUACGUGAUGGAUGUUAUGAUGCAGCAGAACUUCAAGGAGCCCACAGCAAUCCAGUCCCAGGGUUUCCCUGUGGCUUUGAGUGGCAGGGACAUGGUGGGAAUUGCACAGACUGGCUCUGGGAAGACCCUGGCUUACCUUCUUCCUGCUAUUGUACACAUCAACCACCAGCCYUAUCUGGAGAGGGGAGAUGGUCCUAUAUGUCUGGUMCUUGCUCCAACCAGAGAGCUGGCCCAGCAGGUUCAACAAGUUGCUUAUGACUACGGCAAGUCUUCCCGCAUCAAAAGCACCUGCGUCUAUGGUGGAGCGCCGAAAGGACCACAGAUUCGGGAUCUCGAAAGGGGUGUUGAGAUCUGCAUCGCCACACCUGGUCGCCUCAUUGACUUCCUGGAGGCUGGGAAGACCAACCUGCGUCGCUGUACCUACCUGGUCCUGGAUGAGGCUGACCGCAUGUUGGACAUGGGCUUUGAACCGCAGAUUCGCAAAAUAGUUGAACAGAUCAGGCCUGACAGACAGACUCUCAUGUGGAGCGCAACAUGGCCGAAAGAGGUUCGUCAGCUCGCUGAGGACUUCCUGCGGGAAUACAUCCAGAUUAAUAUUGGUGCUCUGGAGCUCAGUGCUAACCACAACAUCCUGCAGAUAGUCGACGUCUGCAUGGAGACUGAAAAGGACAACAAGCUCAUUCAGCUGAUGGAGGAGAUCAUGGCUGAGAAGGAGAACAAAACCAUCAUCUUUGUGGAAACCAAAAAGCGCUGCGAUGAUCUGACUCGCAGGAUGAGACGUGACGGGUGGCCAGCCAUGUGCAUUCAUGGAGACAAGAGCCAACCAGAGAGAGACUGGGUGCUUACAGAAUUCAGAAGCGGCAAAGCUCCCAUUCUGAUUGCAACUGAUGUUGCCUCUCGUGGUCUGGACGUGGAAGACGUAAAGUUUGUCAUCAACUAUGACUAUCCGAACUCCUCCGAGGAUUACGUCCAUCGUAUCGGCCGCACAGCCCGCAGCACCAACAAGGGCACGGCUUAUACCUUCUUCACCCCGGGAAACCUGCGACAGGCCCGAGAUCUGGUCCGGGUGCUGGAGGAAGCCCGGCAAGCUAUCAACCCCAAACUGCUUCAGCUGGUGGACUCCGGUCGCGGAGGAGGAGGCGGGGGCAGGAUGCGUUAUCGUGGCAGCAGCUCCAACAACCCCAACCUCAUGUAUCAGGAUGAGUGCGAUCGCCGCAUGCGCACGGGCGGAGGCGGCAAAGACAACCGCAACGAAAACCGCUCCUCGUCCUCCUCCUACAGGGACAGAAGCCGGGACCACAGGAACAACUACAACUCUGAUUCGGAUCAGUACCAGAGCUACAACAACAGCAGCAACAACGGCGGCGGUGGGGGCUACCACACCCGCAGUGGGGGGGGUCAGCCCGGCGGCGGUCAGGAUCAGUCCGGGCAGCAGCAGCAGCAGCAGGGUCAGUUCGGUCAGGCCCAGCCUCCUCCUGCCCCACCGCAGUCAGGGGGUCCACAGCCUCUGAUGGCGCAGCAGUUCGCCCCCCCACAGCCCCCGCUCAUGGGCUUUAUGGGGCAACCUCAGUACCCAUUCUCCUCCCCCCCACCUCCUCCUCCYGGGCCACAACCUCCCCGUAAGUAACGGUGAGCGAGCAGUGAGUUCACCUGUGCAGCUUUCUGUCUAACUCUGUUUUACUGUCGUCUUCGACUGUCAGGAGUUUAAAGUGUUCGAUCCAGGGAGGUUUUAAUAACGUGCAUUAUGCAUCAAAUCAUCUCCAUUUCCACAUCGCAGAUUGAUUUUUACUUUAGCUUCUUACAACCAUAAACCACAAUCACUACAGUCAGCUGUAAAAUGUUAAUUUGAGCUGUCAGUUGUUAUUAAAUUGGGUCAAAACAAACUAAGGUUAAAACUUCAGUAGUUUGAGGUUCUGGGCCUGCCUUUAUAUAACUUCUUAGAAUUACUCUUAAUGCUGUUAAGUAUGGACUUAGCUAAAAGCUGAGACUGAAGUCAUUUACAAGGGUCUCAGUCUGACUUUAAACAAAGUGUAAAUCUUAAGUGUCUUAGAGCUGAUUUACGACACUUUGAUGACAUCGCUACAAAACCCUGGCAAGGACCAAUCACUGCAUCGGAUUUCAUGUUCAAGAAGAUUCUCAGAGAAAUGUCAAGAUAAAACUGAAAAUCCUAAAAGAAGUUCACAUUCGACACAAUAUUGUUCAUACAGGUCACGUUGAGCUGAUUGUCAUAAUUUACAUAUUAUGAAUAAAGAAAAGCUUGCAGAUUAUCUCAAAAACGGCAGCUUAAAGGUUUUCUUAUUUUACGUCUCAGAGCCUGAGGUAUUGUCCACAGACAACACACCCUUCACACACACACAUACACACACACACACACACACACACACACACACACACACACACACACACACNCACACACACACACACACACACACACACACACACACACCCCGCUUUGUUACCUGCUUGAUCUGAGACCCCCCACCCCCCUAAACACACACUUUUUUUAAAUGAAAUUAAUUAUGAAUUAAUUCAUGAGGUUUGUGUUAAAGAAAGAAAACAUAAUAGAAAAAUCCACCUUCACCAGGGGAAAAUAAAAAAAUUAAGACUUUUGACAGCAUUGUGUCCUCUUUCACUGAAAUCUAAUAAAUUUUCAACACUUAAGUCUAAAAAUCCACUCUAAGAAGUUUGAUAAAAACAGGCCCAGAUCUACAAUAAGAAAAACAUUAAAACCUACCCAGUCACAUUCCAACCUCUCCUGAAGCUUUGCUCAUGUUCAGAGUGACUUAUAUUUUAGCCCAUGCAAACUUGUUUGUGGAUAUUUUUAGUAGUUUUAAACAUUCUUUGAUUCUUAUUUUUUAGGCUCUGUUGUAUUAGAAUUGAAUGAUUUGUUGAGUCAUGCAUGCCUUUACUGUUUCCUGUUGUGUUUCAGGUCUAAAUGAAGUUUGUAUUAAAAAAAAGAUGCUUGUUUUGUCAUUUCCUGUGUUCUUUUUACAGUGUUUUCCUAAAUAAACAAUUUGAGAUGUC